AGGACCUAACCAUGAGUUUUUACAUCGUUGAUGUUGCUACAGCCAUAUAGAGUGAAAACACUAUGUGCUUACCCACACUUAGGAUUCAAAAAGAUGAACAUGACCCGAGCAAAGGUACUGGCAAAGAGCAAGGACAAGAGGCUAGCACUGUUGAAGUUGAAGGUGAAUCGAGCCAAGUAAUUUCUUCCAAGAAAACUAGUCAUCAGGCAAAACAAAGAGUAUGGCCAAGCCAUCCAAGAGUGAAGCAACCAUCCAAGAGUGAUGCUCACAAGUCUAGUACUUUGCUAGCCAGCAAACAAAUCAAAGUGAAGGCAUCCAUGCCUCACAAAGCUAAAAUGCCCAAGGAAAAUGAAGAGAAGACAAGUCCCCUAGCCUCUAGCGAAGGGCUAGACUCCAUUCUUAUUCCUAGUAAUGAUGAAGUUUCAUCCAAGGCAAAUGAGGCCAAGAAUGUGGAGGCUUUGACGAAGAACAUAGAUAAGGCUCCAACGAAGAACAUGGAUGAGGCUACGACAAAGAACAUGUAUGAACCUCUAGCACAGCGUGGAAUCUACUGUAAAACCAUUGCUAGUGAAGCAGAUGAGCCUUCAUUGCUUGAUAGCAUAAUUGGCUUGGUUGAUGACAUCUUUGAUGUAGAUAAGAGAAGGCGCAAGAGUUCUCAUAUGGCACUCCCAAAGCAAUGAAAAAGUAUAAAUUGAUAGAAGAUCA